AUGGAGGGAAAAGGAACAACAACCGCCACAGGCUGUUACAAGUGCAGCAGACUAGGUCACUGGUCACGAGACUGUCCUUUCUCUGCUCCGAAUUCCAAUCCAAACCCUAACGCCUCCACCAAUCCCACUCCUGAUCCUUCUUCCUCUUCUUUCAAGCCUAGAUCCAUCGUCGAAAAGCCCAAGAAACUUCCCCAAACAAGGCCCAAACUAACACCGGAGAUGUUUCUCUCCGACGACGGCCUCGGUUACGUCCUUCGCUAUUUCCCUCGCCAGUUCAAAUACCGUGGUCGCGGCCACGAGGUGGAUUCCUUAUUCAGUUAA